CUUUGAUGAACAGCAUCAUAGUUGGUAUUUUGAUAGGAGACCUCUGAUUGGCUGUUGAUUGCUUUAAAUACUGUUAAAGUUUAAGACAGUUGCUAUUGCACUCUGACCUUGACUGAGACAUAAAGCCUUUUGACUUCAAGUUCCAGACAAGAGCAGAAACUUCUUCGGAAAAUAGUGCAUCAACUCAUCCAACAGCUUCUUCAAAAGAUAGAUCUACUCUCUGUGGUGAACCAUGGAGAAACCAGAUAUUCUGAAGAUCCUCAAUGACGAACUCCUCACAGCCUACAGGAAGAUCAAUGCUCUUAAGGAUGAGGUGUGGCAGCUGCAAGACCAGCUUCAUGACAGAGAUGAGUUCAUAAAGAUGGCGGUGGAGAAGGAGAAGGAGAAGGAGAAGGAGACGGAGAAAGAGAAAGAGAAGGAGAAGGAGAAGGAGAAGAGGAAGGAGAUUGAGACCGAGACCGAGAAGGAGAAUGAGAUCCAGGCCCUGACGAAGAAGGUGGAGCAGCUGGAAAACCAGCUGAAAGAGAAAGAUGUUGUCAUAGCGAAGGAUGUGAAGAAACGGCGCGCUCGCCUCAGGGCCUAUCUCGACUGCCUUGCUGAGCUAACUGACUGUCAGGCCAAGGUUAAGCUGAUGGAAGCAAGGCUGCACCAGGAGCCACCUCAGCCUGAUACAGGAUGUAGCAGUGAGGUGGAGGUGGAGAAGGAGAAGGAGAAAGAGAAGGAGAAAGAGAAAGAGAAGGAGAAGGAGAAGGAGAAGGAGAAAGAGAAAGAGAAGGAGAAAGAGAAAGAGAAGGAGAAGUACAAGGACAAGGAGAAGGAGAAGGACAAGGAGAAGGAGAAACUUGUGACGAUCUACAAUGUAGAAAUCCUCCGAGCCAACAGGAACAUUUUGAUUCUUAAGGAGGAGGUGUGGCGGCUGGAAAACCAUCUUAAAGACAGAGAUGAUAUCAUAAAGAUGGCGGUGGAGACGGAGAAGGAGGAGGAGAAGGAGACGGAGAAGGAGAAGGAGAUUAAGAUUGAGACUGAGACCGAGAGGGAGAUGGAGACGGAGAAGGAGAAUGAGAUCCAGGCCCUGACGGAGAAGGUGGAGCAGCUGGAAAACCAGGUGAAAGACAAAGAUGUUGUCAUAACGAAGGAGGUGAAGAAAGGGCAUGCUCGCCUCAGGGCCUAUGUUGACUGCUUGGCGGAGCUCACUGACUGUCAGGCCAAGGCUAAAAUUCUGGAAGCAAGUCUGCACAAGUGAGCAGUGAGGUGGAGGUCAACAUGGAGAAGGAGAACGAGAAGGUGCUUGCUUCAGGGCCGAAAGGAGACGAAACUGCAGCAGGAGAAAACUCCAACUAUGGGACUGAGCUACAGAAAGGAGGAGGCCGAGAUGAGCUGGAGGAGAGAGAAGAGGUGGAGAAGCCCCCGCCCUCACCCUUUUUCUACUCCUCAAAACAAACCCCUCCCCUGUCCCCCUUUGUACAUAUUUGAAAUGAUCUAAUGAUGUGUUGUAAAUAUGUUAAACUUUUUGAAUAAAAAUAACUAGUACAGUAACAUCUACCUCUGUCUUUCUGAAUAUACAUACAGGAUUCAUUGAUCAAUUAACACAGUGUUGGAGUGAAACAAAUCAGUGUGAUUCAUUUAGUUUGCUACUAUUCAUACGAACACAGCAGAGCAUAGACAAACAAUGUUUCUUAACUUUUUUACAUUUGGUCAAAUCUAUAUAUUAAUUAUGACAACAAUACAAUAAUAAUACUAUCAUCUCAUCUGA